AUGCCUUACACACCCCCCUCCCAGUUGUCCCCGGCAGCUUCGAAACCAUCCAGUCCUUCUGUGAGCAGGUCUCACUCAUAUAUCAAAGGACAGUUUCUCUCCCCAGAGCCGCCGGCUUCAUCUAGCCGACCCAACCUCCCUCGCUCCCAUGGCUCAUCCUCAUAUCUCACCAAACAUCGACGCAGUCCUUCCUUGAACGACGCUAAACAUGACGUUGUUCACAGUGGCGAGGCUUACGGCGAGAACGGGAGCUUUGAUCCUCAUGGUAGCCUCCGCGAGUCGCCUCCGCCUGUGACCAAUUCGUUGAUUCCUGCAGGAAUGACCAUCUCCCCUCCCGACUCCUCCCACAAUUCUAGUGAUGACGAAGAAUCCCAUUCUCGAGGUCGAUCCAGAGAUUUCGAGCUGGGGGACAACCUGAAAGAGUUGCAUGCAGCCAUCAGGUCAAUAGAACAAAGAAAAUCCGGCUCACCUAAUCGAUCCGACGAGCAAAAGAAAACUCAGCCUGCAGAGCAACUCGAUAGCUCUGCUCAGCAAACCACGGCAGAUGUCUCUCGGCCUCCCUUAUCACGGGAAGCACGUAAAAUCUCACAUUCCAGAUCGUCCACUGAUUCCAAUAUCGUUUUUGAGCCUCCAAAAAUCCAAAAACCCGUCACGUUUCAUCAAGAUAGCGAUUCCAGCGAUAGUGACGCUCCUAACCCCAACCGCCCUGCAAUGGUGCGGAAGAAGUCUGGCGAACUGGUUCGACCAGCACUUCGAGCAUCCUCCCGACGGCGGCCCUCGAGUAUGCCUGGCACUCCCACGUACUCAAAGGCCGUUCACUUCGACUCUCACCUUGAGCAUGUGCGACACUUUCUCCAAGUGGACAGACCACUUGCCGUCAGUGCAGGUUCCUCACCUGUCGAAAACUAUGAAAGUGAGAGUGAAUUUCCCUUCGGGUCUGAUGAAUCCAGCACCCGCUCUCGCUCACCUUCUCAUGAGUGGGAAAUGCGCCUGGCAAACUUCCCCGCCGAUUCAGACUGGAGAAGGUCACAGCCAGUUUUCGUUGAGCGCAUAUUCCUCUCAUCGGACAAUAAGAACCUCAUCGGUACUGUUGCCGUUCAAAACAUGGCGUUCCAGAAAACCGUUGUUGCUCGUUUCACACUCGAUUAUUGGAAAACCACCUCCGAAGUUGUUGCUGACUACAACACCGAUGUUCGUCGUAAGCACAACGAUGGGCUCGAUCGCUUCAACUUCAGUAUCAGACUGGCUGACCAGGCCAAUCUCGAGAAUAAAACACUUUUCUUCUGCAUCAAGUAUACAACCAAUGGACAAGAGUACUGGGACAACAACGGGACGAUCAAUUACCAGGUUGACUUUGCAAAGAAAGCCAAGGUGAACCAUGGUAAGAAUGGCAUGCCUGGUCUUGGGGCUCGCCCACUCAGUGCUUUACCUCGGAGUCGGCCGCCUCCACCUACCUCUUCUGGAAGACCAAAGUCGAUGGUAACUUCGUUCGAUGACUUCUCAACUGGCUUUGACAGCUUCGGCUCUUUCGGUCAAUCUGCAGGUUCUCUGAUGGGAGAGCCGAGACUCAAGCUAAGAAGCCCACGAUCCAAAGCGGAAUUGCUCCCGGAGACACCGCAACGCCGUCACAAGGCUGGUGCUCAGGCGUUUGGCAACCGAUACGAUUUCAACUCAUCGCUAUCGGCUGCCAAGAGUAAUGCAUUCGCUGCUUUGGGCGAACAUAGUGGGUUGUCUCCAAGGGCGGAUACAAAGCAGUCCUCCCGCAAAGUUCCUUCGCCAAUCAUCACCAACGGUGGAUCACCAGCUCUCAUCAAAUCCGGUGUUGCGCCCACCGCUCUUGGUACUGGUGCUGUGUCGACGGCACCAGGACUUGCCACACUAAACUCAAAGCCUGCGGCCUUGAUGUCGGAAAAACCACCACUUACCUCACAGUCCUACCAGGAACUAGUGGACAAGUACUGCUUUGUAGGUGCCCAGGGAAAGAGCCAGGAAGUGUAA